AUGCAUAUACGGACCUAUCUUUUGGCCUUGUGCCAAACGGCAUGGCAGAUUCGUGGUGCUACAGCCUCUGUGUAUCAGAGUCGUGUUCAAGAAGUUGGUACUGUUUUCCCAGCACCCGCUGAAUAUGGCACCUGGCAGAUGGUUCCCUACCAGUACAAAUACUCCACUGGUGUAGUCUAUAGCACUGUCGCUGGUCUCGCCUACAUCCAAACCAUCGGAACAAGCUCUGGCAACGUCGAAGUACAGAUUACCCCGACAAAUUACAGAACCAUUUAUAUCGACGACACCACUGCUUUCACCGAGCAGGACAACGGAGUGUGGGAAUUGGCCGAUUACAAUAACGAUGGAACACUCGAUUUGAUCUACAUCCAGAACCGAAACACCGACUCUGGCAAGGUGGAGAUCACCGUCGCUUCUGGUGCAGCAAACUUCCAAUCUUAUCUCGUGGAGAAUGUUCAGACGGUGUUCGAUGUGCAGGUCGACGGCCGCUGGCAGAUGCUCGAUCUCAACGGCGAUGAUACUCUUGAUCUCGUUUACAUCAAGGAUAGCAACACGGCCUCCAACUACGCUGAGGUCUAUGUCGCGUCAGGAGCUUCACAAUAUGGCACGCUAGUUAGCAAGACCGAAUCGAGUCUCUCUAUUAGCAACGAUGGUACUUGGCUUCUGGCUGAUUAUGGUCUGGAUGGAACAUAUGAUCUGUUUUUCAUCCAGAACAUUAACACAGCCUCUGGUUAUGUCGAAGUGAAUGUUGCCUCGGGUGCUUCUGGUUAUCAGACCAUCGUCCAGAGUGUUCACACCACCUUCUCGGUUGAGAACAAUGGAACCUGGAUGAUGUACGACUGGAACAAGGAUAAUGUUUUAGACCUCAUUUACAUCAAGCAGGACAAUACUGCGGGGUCUGUUGAGGUCCAUGUUGCCUCGGGCGCAAGUUAG